AUGAUCGAAGAAACGGCCGCAGGCCAGGACUGGAACACGAUUCCACCAGAGCUGCGCCUUGAGAUAUACAAGAAGCUCUGGGUGCCGCGCACCGUGACCAUCUACCGCUGUGCACACCACCACGUCACUACCGACUUCGAACGAGAAGUUCUCACUCUGGCUCGAAGCCAAAACCGAGACAAGUUCGAUCAGGACAUCGCCAUAGACGCCAGAUCAGUGGCCACGCACUGCCCGGCGAUCGAGGUUCCCCGCGAGGAUCCCGUGCCCGAUCCCAACCACGAUCCGGAGACGGCAGGAGACGGGUUCCUUUGCGGGCCUCACGGCCAAUGGGAUGCGAGCUGGCUGCGACUGCUCAGGGAGUCGAUGCCGCUUGACGACGCCGGCACCAGCGACUCACACCCGCAUGACCCAUCACGACAGCACCCGCCGCCGCCGCCGCUAUACGGCACCACGACCUUUGCGCGCGUCGACACGGGCACGCGCAUCCCCAUCACGCUCUGGAUCGACCGCGAGUCGCGCGCCGAGACGCUCAAGCACUACCGGCUCGCCUUUGCGCUGCGGGGCGGCGCCUCGCGCGUUUACUUCAACUUUGGGGUCGACACGCUCCGCGUCCCCGUGCACGGCAAGCUCUGGCGGCUGGUGCAGCGCCGCGACCUGCAGGACCUCGUGAGGCUGAGGAUGGUCGGCACGGCCGACGACCCUUCGGCCUCGCGCUCGCGCGGCCUCGACGCCACCGCGGCGACGACGCACAACCCGGCCGAGCCGCCCGCGGCCAUGGGUGCGCUACUGCGGGCCCUCUGCCCGCGGCUGCGCCACGUGACGAUCGAGCCGGCGUGGGCGUGUGCGCGCAACGACCUGACCUGGCGGCGGCACGAGGCGGAGGAGAAUGUCGUCAUAUUCAACCGCCAGGAGCUGCGCGAGCUCGAGGUCAGCUGCCCGGGGUGUACGUGGAACCAUGGUCAUAGGCCUUGCGGCGUGCUCCUCCGGCGGCUCCGCGAGCUCAGGUGGCUGGUCGACAUACCGUUGAUCUUGCCCGGGAGCAACGGGCCCUCUGAGCCGGGGCUUUUGCUCACGUUUCACAGCUCGCGGCCGAUCGACGACUUUGUCAAUGGCGGCGACCACGGCUACGGCGUGCCCGGAUAUGUCAGGAGCGAAGAGAGGUAUCUAGGCCUGGACGAAGCCGAGGUGGCGAGUACGCUAUUCCUGCAUGGGCAGCACCCGCGCGCCAGUGUGGCCGAGGACUUCCACCGCCUCUACACCAUCAACGCCAUGCAGCACAACAUCAACUUGGCUUGCGACUUGACUACACACCCGGCAGCAAGAAAACAUCGCACCGGAGUCAUGGGUGGAGGGACUUCCAUCUGGGCGUCUCCUGACUGGAAAAAAGAUCCCAAGGAGAUCUUUAACUACAAGCUGUGGUUUCUCGUCACCACUGUCGCCUUUGCCGGUUUCUCUUAUGGCUUUGAUCAUGGAAACGUCGGUGGUGUGCUCACGCUGCCGAGCUUCAGACACACCUUUGGACUUGACCGGAUGAGUCCUGCUGCAUCCGCAGCUAGGGAGGGAGACAUUGCAUCCAUGAUGUCCGCUGGUGCAGCCGUUGGUGCCCUCUCGGCAGGCCCAUUCUCCGACAAGCUUGGCCGGAAGUGGUCCGUCUUCAUGUACGGAUUUUUGUUCCUCGUCGGUGCAGUGAUGCAGCUCAUCGCCAACCUCGACGUAUUCCAAGGCGGCCGCUUCAUCGGCGGAUUUGCCAUCGGCGGCACCUCCGUCUUGUCGCCCAUGUACCUGGCUGAGUGUGCCCCCAAGACGAUCCGCGGCUCUUUAACGACACUCUACAACCUCGCCAUCAUCACCGCCUUGGCUCUUGCUUUCUGGGUCAACUACGGAGUUAGCCGAUGGAGCUACCCAGGCCUGGCCACCGACGAGAAGCAGUGGCGCACCGCCAUGUCGAUCCAGAUUAUCCCGGGCGGCCUGCUUGUUGUCAUGGCUGCCUUCCUCAUCGACUCGCCCCGUGGUUUGAUCUCGCUCGGUAAGCGGGAGAAGGGACUCGAGAACCUGUGCAAGCUGCGAAACUUGCCUGCCGACCACAACUAUGUUCGUCAAGAGUACCUCGAGAUUUGUGCACAGGCUGACGUUGGCCAAGAGCUGAACAAGAACCGCACCUACCUUUUGGCCGCUCGUGAUAUAAUUAAAGUCCCCAGCUACCGCCGCCGCUUCACGCUCGCCUGUCUCCUGUUCAUCUUCCACAAGCUCACGGGCACCGACGCCAUCAACUAUUUUGCUCCGCAGAUCUUCGCCAUGCUUGGUGUGCAGAAGGGGUCCAUGUCGCUUAUGACAACUGGUGUUUACGGAGUUGUGAAGCUUGCCGCUAGCUUGAUCUACGUGACAGUCAUUGUUGAUCGUGUCGGUCGUCGGUUGCCGUUGAUGAUUGGCGCUACUAUCCAGGCGACAGCAAUGCUUUACAUUGCUCUUUACACCAAGUUUGGCAACCCCGACCCGAGCGCCGGACCCGGGCCUGGUGGUAUCGUCGGCAUCAUCAUGAUCUACCUGUACGCAUUCGGCUGGUCCUUUGGCCACUCGGUGGCUCCGUACGUCGUGGCGGCCGAGAUCUUCCCCUCUGGCAUCCGCGCCUUCUGCAUGUCCUUCUGCCUGAUGCUCAACUGGCUGUUCGGGUUCGGAGUUGCCAAGGCUACACCCGUCAUGAUGGAAUCAAUCGGCUGGGCCACCUUCCUGGUCUUUGCCGUCAUCACCUACGCCGGCGUGGUCUUUGUCUACUUCUGCCUGCCCGAGCUCAAGGGCCGCAGUAUCGAGUCCAUGGACGACCUCUUCGAGCACAGGCUGUGGGAGAUGUUCCGGUGGGCCUACCCCACUGAGGAGGAAAAGAUCCGCAAGGACGUGCAACAGGCCAUGCUGGACGAGAGCAAGGGCGUCGUCGAGCACAGCGAGAGGACGGUUGGGGAGGAGUCGGACAGCACCGGAAACCGGCAAGCGGCACCCAAGGUAUAG